AUGAUUGUUAAUAUUCAUAACAAUUUCCGACGGAAUGCUGGAAUGCAUUGUGGGAUAGAAGAUGGUUUAGUGUUCAUGGACAAACUUAUUUGGGAUACAUACCUUGAAUUAAAAGCACGUGACUUCGCUACUUGCUAUAAUAUAACAAAUAAUCGUGCCAUCAAUUUGGAUAUUUACGAUGAUUUCUUUGGUGAGGUGAAUCCACAAGUUUCUGGUUGGAAUCUAGCUUUUGGUCAUGACAUGUCUGUUGAAAAUCUUAUUGAAAGUUGGUUCAAACAAGCUGAUGUUUACAGUUGUGAAUGGGAAACUUGCAAACCGCAGAAUGAGCGAUGUGAGGACUUUCUUCAGCUUGUCUGGUCCGAAGCAUCUCGAGUUGGAUGCAGUGUUAACCCGAGUUGUAUACACGAUGGAGAGUCUGGAAUAUUCCUAGUUUGCUAUUACGAUAAAGGAUGGACACCAUUCAAACCACCAUUCCAAAUCGGGAAUAAGUGUUCUCAGUGUGACAAUGGGUAUGGAUUUUGUGAAGACGGCUUAUGUGAAUGUAAGAAAUCAUGCCAUCAUCCUGGAAUUGGUGUUCUUCACAGGGAAACAUGUACAUGUGCAUGUAUAUUCGGUAUGGGACACGAUUGUGAAGGUGAGAGUUAUGUUGAUUUCCUACCUGCAUUGCGCCAAAACAUCAAGAGAUUUGCUGAUUGA